UGCGGUGCUGAACCUAUGAAAAUGAAAACCGAUUGAAAAUAAUUAUUAAUUACAUUGCACGAACGUCGAAGUUUACCUAUAUAACUUAUAAGAUGUCAACCAUUGGCAAGUAUGUAGGUAGGUAUCUACCUGUAGCCAUAUGGAGUCACCGCGGUGGGGGGCUGGGGGAGAUUGGAACGAGCGCGCGAAAAAGAAAUACAGAGUAAAUCUCGGGUUGUUUAUGGCGUUUAACAACCUUGGCCGUAAUAUAACGCUAGUCCAUCUCCAGACAACGAACGAACGGCAUCGGCAACGUACAGCAGGAAUGUCGUAAUAGCACGUGACGUCAUGGACCACUUUCGCCGGGUACCAUCGAGAAGGGCUACGAAUCGGUUAUGUGCGUAUCAUGACGCUAUUACGUGAUUUUUAGUCUAUGCCCGACUCUUCCGGCAGUACUUUCUCUCGGUUGUGUGGCUGGAGUGGAUGGUAAUUGUGUUACAUAUUUUCGGUUGAUUAAACGCUUCUUUUUAUCGUUUAAGACUGUCGUACGAUUUGUACCUAUUGUUGGAUAUGUUGCUGUUUAAAAACUUCCACCGUGCAGUUUCAAUUAUCCUUCUAUUAACCACCAUCGCCUUGAUCAUCGCUCCUUCCGAUGUAAAUCGACAAGUACUGUGCCAAGAUGGAGGAUUCGAGUUGCCGGUACAACUGAUCGGGUUCCCUGUCAUCAUCAUGGCUGUCAGGAUGUCGAAUUUCGUCAAGAAAUUGGCCUAUUCGCUUAAUCCAAGUACGUACCGAAGAAACGUACGCAGAACCAGAGGAGUUGCUGUAACCGAACCACCUCUAAAUUUGGCCAAAGCUGACAGCGAACUAUUGCAACAACUCGGUCCAAACUUUUGCGUUUACGAAAACGUUUGUCUGAACCAUGUGAAAUCUUCCGGAACAAAGACUCCUAUGGAUUGGGAAAAAAUAAUAAGAGAUUAUAGUCAACUUCCCCAGAACAACCAGCAGUUCUAUUUGUUGAGUGUAUUCCUGGGAGAUAUAAUAGGAUCAGCGAAGCUAUGUCAACAUUUUACAGAGACUGGACGUAUUUGCCAUUAAAUAUUCAUAAUAACGAUCUCUUACACUCGGCUUGGCGUUUUCAAUCACUUGAAAAGUAAACAUCGCAUCGUUACUACGAUGAUGGAAUUUCAAUGAAACCAAGACACGAAAAUUUUCCCCGAUGUAUCCAGAACGCGUAAAACAACACGUACCUAUAUAUCUUUAAACUUAGCCUAUGUGUCUUGUACUCUCUAUAAGUCUGUAAUAACUUGUGAUGAAUUGAUGAUAGAUGAAAAGAUGUGUGUAUAUUUACUCGUACUUAUAUUUUAAAUUAGUUUUUCGAACUUGACUGUAAUAAUGUCGUAAUAUUCCAUCGAGUAUUCGUAAUAUUCUAUAAGUUUGAUAUAAAUUUAACUCGAAGGUCGUUUCGAAGUCUUUUCGCGCGUAAUUCUUCCAUUUUUUCUAAGAAUACUCCUCGUUUUGUCGUGUUACACUGUAUUUUGUAUCUAUUAUGAAAGUAUACCUCUCUAGACCUUCCUAUGUGUACCUUUAUUAUCUAUUCUAUAAGGCAUAUUUCUGUCAUAGGUAUUUGUAUAUUUAUAGUUUGGUAGAUAGGUAUGGAAGUUUACAGUAUUUUAAUUUGUCCUGUUUCUAAGAUACUUUUGAAAUACUCGUACUAGUGUCGUAGGUUGGUAUAUAAGUAAUUCGAAGUAUGGUACACGUGUACGUGUAUCUGUCACCUGUCACACGUGCACUGGUAAAGCUUUUCACCGAAUGAAAAUGUAAUAUAUGUUGUGUAUAAUUUGUAAAUACAUACACGUUUAUAACAUUUAUGAGAUUAUGAGGUCGUGUAGCUACUUACUCGUUCAUUGGAUAAGUAUAAGUAAUAGCAUCUGUGAGUUUACAAAUGUGUAUGGUAAUACUUUAAGACUGAUAGGUUAAUUUUAAUCUUAAUGUUGUUCAAGUGUAGACGAAUAAAGAUCAAGUUUCAAAAAAAAUAAAAAUAAAUCACUGCCUGUUUUG